AUGGUCUGGCUUCUGAGUGCAUCAUCCGUCUCACCUCUUCUACCCCCGUCCUCUCCCUCGUCCUCACUCCCCCUCCUCUCUCCCCCACCUCUCUCCCCCUCCUCUCUCCCCCUCCUCUCUCCCCCUCCUCUCUCCCCCUCCUCUCUCAUCCCUCCUCUCUCCCCCACCUCUCUCCCCCUCCUCUCUCCCCCUCCUCUCUCAUCCCUCCUCUCUCCCCCACCUCUCUCCCCCUCCUCUCUCCCCCACCUCUCUCCCCCUCCUCUCUCCCCCUCCUCUCUCCCCCUCCUCACUCCCCCUCCUCUCUCCCCCACCUCUCUCCCCCUCCUCUCUCAUCCCUCCUCUCUCCCCCUCCUCUCUCCCCCACCUCUCUCCCCCUCCUCUCUCCCCCUCCUCUCUCCCCCCCCUCCUCCCCUCUCAUCCCUCCUCUCUCCCCCACCUCUCUCCCCCUCCUCUCUCCCCCCUCCUCUCUCAUCCCUCCUCUCUCCCCCACCUCUCUCCCCCUCCUCUCUCCCCCACCUCUCUCCCCCUCCUCUCUCCCCCUCCUCUCUCCCCCUCCUCACUCCCCCUCCUCUCUCCCCCACCUCUCUCCCCCUCCUCUCUCCCCCUCCUCUCUCCCCCUCCUCUCUCAUCCCUCCUCUCUCCCCCACCUCUCUCCCCCUCCUCUCUCCCCCACCUCUCUCCCCCUCCUCUCUCCCCCACCUCUCUCCCCCUCCUCUCUCCCCCUCCUCUCUCCCCCUCAUCUCUUCCCUGACCCUGCCCCUGGUCCCAGAGGAUGGAGAAUCUACUGUGGCCCCUGAGACUGUGGACCCUGAGACUGUGGACCCUGAGGACCCUGAGACUGUGGACCCUGUGGACCGUGAGACUGUGGCCCCUGAGACUGUGGACCCUGUGGACCCUGAGACUGUGGCCCCUGAGACUGUGGACCCUGAGACUGUGGACCCUAAGGACCCUGAGACUGUGGACCCUGUGGACCGUGAGACUGUGGCCCCUGUGGACCCUGAGACUGUGGACAGUGAGACUGUGGCCCCUGAGACUGUGGCCCCUGAGACUGUGGACCCUGAGACUGUGGACCCUGAGUGUGUAGACAGUGAGACUGUGGCCCCUGAGACUGUGGACCCUGAGACUGUGGACCCUGAGACUGUGGCCCCUGAGACUGUGGACCCUGAGACUGUGGACCCUAAGGACCCUGAGACUGUGGACCCUGUGGACCGUGAGACUGUGGCCCCUGUGGACCCUGAGACUGUGGACAGUGAGACUGUGGCCCCUGAGACUGUGGCCCCUGAGACUGUGGACCCUGAGACUGUGGACCCUGAGUGUGUGGACAGUGAGACUGUGGCCCCUGAGACUGUGGACCCUGAGACUGUGGACCCUGAGAGUGUGGCCCCUGAGACUGUGGCCCCUGAGACUGUGGACCCUGAGACUGUGAACCCUGAGACUGUGGCCCCUGAGACUGUGGCCCCUGAGUGA